UGCCCGGCAUGUAAGGAGGGUUUUUUUAACGUGCACCCUAAGAGUGAAAUUUUUAGUGAAAUAGUAGAUGAAAUAGUGGAAAAGACUUGUGAAAAAUUAUAACAAAACCAAUAUCCGGUGUUUGUUCGUGUUGUGACUGUGGACAGUAAAUCAGUAAGUGUUUUAUUUGGUCUUAAAUCAACAAAGGAGAUCUGUUUGUUUACCUGUUUACCUGUUUGAGCUGUAUUCACUGAUCUACAUACAUGAGUAAUAACGCUACCCAGAGUUUAGAUAAUAGGAAAAGACACCGAGUAUCUGAUUCAGCAAAUAUGGAAUCGGAAACGGAAACGGAGACUCCUCCUCCAAAGGACAAAAUUGAAGAAUUUCAAAUUAGGGAUAUUUUCCAAGGAAUUACCAAUAUCCAAAAUACCCUUGGGGGCUUCAUGUUAAGAAUGGAUGCACAAGGUCGACAUCUAGAUGAAUUAACGAACGAUAUCCGAGGUAAGCAUGGAAUGCAAGAACAGGUGGAAUUGGUGCAGGAACAAGCGAAUGAUACCUUAUAUACCGUUACGGAACUCGGAAGUAAUCAAGAGAAAAUGCUACGGGAGCUAAGUAGACUAAGAGACUAUGUGAUCAAACUGGAAUUCCGUGUAAAUUCCCAAGAAAAACAGAUCCUAGAACUAAAAGCCCGUUCUCUUGAAAAUAACAUUAUCAUUAACGGAAUUAAUGAACAUGAUCCGGAAAGAGGGAACGACGAAAACCUGGCAAAAAUAAUACAAAACGUUUUUGAAAAGGAACUGGAAAUGGAUAAGGAGUCUGUUGGAAACAUGCAUAUUAAGGCCCUAUAUAGAAUGGGUGACAGAGACGCAAGAAGAAAAUUUCCUAGACCGGUGUGUAUCCAGUUUGCUGACAAAAUUUACAAAGAUAUGGUGAUGAGGAAGAUCCCGGUACUCCGCAGUAAAAAGUCGCCCAUCAGAAUAGCCAGCCACCAGCCAGAGGAGCUGAGGGAAAAACGCAGGAAACUGUUUGAUAUACAACAGAAGUACGCUGCCAAAAAUGUGGACACGAAAAUCAAGGGAGACAAGUUGGUUUUUACAAGGAGCGGCAACAUAUACAGAGACAAACUGGGCCAACGUCCAUCCGCUGACGAGGUCAUCUCAGGUGAAGAAAUCAAAAGUCCAAUCUCUGCGGGUAAACAAAUAGAGGACAACGGUAAUCGGUUCACCGCCCACGCUACACCGACCGAAUCUCUCAAGCAGGUCAGAGGAGCCCUCAUCGAUAUCAUGCGUGUCCCUACAGUGUCAAGUGCGAGCCACAAUGUGUUUGCCUAUCGAUUUAAGAGUAACGACGGAACCAUUCACGAGGGGGCGGACGACGACGGAGAACAUGGGGCAGGGAGAGCCUUGCUGAGAUCCCUUGUCGACAAUGAACAUCUAAAUGUAACUGUCGUAGUAUCAAGAUGGUAUGGAAGCAAAAUAGGUGCGCGCAGAUUCGUUCAUAUAAAGGAUGUCGGAUUGAGCGCAGUGAAAAACAUCAAUACUGACUCCGGGUAAACAAUAGUGGUGGCGAAGAACAAAAUACGGUAUUUCCCUGUGUAACUUAAUGAC